CAGUACUCACUGGUCAAGGACGUGGUGUCGGCCCUCAAGCGGCACCGCAUGCACGAGCAGCAGUUCACCCACCACCCGCUCCUGGUGCUCAGCAAUUUCGGGCUCCAGCAGAUCCAGGUGAAGCUGAUGGCCACCAUGUUCCAGAACAUGUUCCCCUCCAUCAACGUCCACCGGGUCAACCUCAACAGCAUCAAGAGGUGUUUGCUCAUCACCUACGACGCGGAGACGCAGCUCCUCGACUUCAGGCACUACAGCGUGAAGGUCGUGCCCGUGGGCGUGAGCAAAGGGCUGAAGAAGCUGCUGCAGGAGAAGUUCCCCAACAUGAGCCGCCUGGAAGACAUCAGCGAGCUGCUGGUGAAAGACAUAAACCUGUCGGAGAGCGAGGCCGAGCAGGAUGGCACCCACAACGUCCUGGAGCUGCCGCAGGCGUACGCCGGCCGAGGCAACAUGAAGGCGCAGCAGAGCGCCGGGAGGUCCGUGACCAUAGGACCCCGCAUGACCCUGCAGCUCGUCAAGGUGGAGGAGGGCCUGGCGCAGGGCAACGUGCUCUACCACAGCUUCG